AUGAAUAUUUUGAGUGAGAAGCAGUUUGCCUAUUUGAAAAGCAAGUCAACAGUAACACAACUACUAUCAACUGUUGAUGAUUGGGUGAGAUCUAGGAACUCUGGCGUGCCCACUGAUGGUAUAUUUCUUGACCUCGCAAAGGCGUUCGAUAGUGUGCCGCACGAAAGAUUGAUUUUGAAGUUAAGAAGUUAUGGUAUCGAAGGGAGUUUAUUGACAUGGUUUAGUCAUUUCAUUACAGGCAGGAAGCAACGUGUUGUAGUUAGACGGACUUUUUCGGAAUGGUCACCAGUGUCUUCAGGCACUCCCCAAG